CUCACCAUGACUCUGCCCUUGAAAUAAACAAAAUCAUUAUAAAAAUGAAGAGAUUUUACUUGCAUAAUUACCAUGUAUUUGUAAGACUUUGGUACUUAUAGUAACUUUUUUUUUUAGAUGAGUUUGUUUCUGCAAUCCAUUUAAAUUGGUAACGAUAACAUAUUCAGUUUUAGGAUGUAACUUCAGAAAGUUGUGGAAUUAAUACUUUGAGAUAUUUAUCCUAUAUUUUAGUUUUCAUUUGAUAGUCUGUUGAUAUUAUUUGAAUUUAAAAUUAGUCUUGUGUCCUUUUCAUGUCUUUCUUAGGAUAGCUACAACCAUCUCUUCUCGCAGUGUGGACUGUGGCCUUUGGUAAGAGCAUGUCGUCCAUCUUGCCAUUCACUCCACCAGUGGUGAAGAGACUGCUUGGAUGGAAGAAGUCUGCUGGUGGCUCUGGAGGAGCUGGAGGAGGAGAGCAGAACGGACAGGAAGAGAAGUGGUGCGAGAAGGCCGUGAAAAGUCUGGUGAAGAAGCUGAAGAAAACAGGACGAUUAGAUGAGCUUGAGAAAGCCAUCACCACUCAGAAUUGUAAUACUAAAUGUGUUACCAUACCAAGGUCUCUUGAUGGUCGUCUUCAGGUGUCUCAUCGAAAAGGAUUGCCACAUGUUAUAUAUUGCCGGUUGUGGCGCUGGCCUGACCUUCACAGUCAUCAUGAACUCAAGGCAAUUGAAAACUGCGAAUAUGCUUUUAAUCUUAAAAAGGAUGAAGUAUGUGUAAACCCUUACCACUAUCAGAGAGUUGAGACACCAGUUCUGCCUCCCGUAUUAGUUCCACGGCACACGGAGAUCCUGACAGAACUUCCUCCUCUGGAUGACUAUACCCACUCCAUUCCAGAAAAUACUAACUUCCCUGCAGGAAUUGAGCCACAGAGUAAUUACAUCCCAGAAACACCACCCCCUGGAUAUAUCAGUGAAGAUGGAGAAACAAGUGAUCAACAGUUGAACCAAAGUAUGGACACAGGAUCUCCAGCAGAACUGUCUCCUACUACUCUUUCCCCAGUUAAUCACAGCUUGGAUUUACAGCCAGUUACUUAUUCAGAACCUGCCUUUUGGUGUUCAAUAGCAUAUUAUGAAUUAAACCAGAGGGUUGGAGAGACCUUCCAUGCAUCACAGCCUUCUCUUACGGUAGAUGGCUUUACAGAUCCAUCCAACUCGGAGAGGUUCUGCUUAGGAUUACUCUCUAAUGUGAACCGAAAUGCCACAGUAGAAAUGACAAGAAGGCAUAUAGGAAGAGGAGUGCGCUUAUAUUACAUAGGUGGGGAGGUUUUUGCUGAGUGCCUAAGUGAUAGUGCAAUCUUUGUGCAGAGCCCCAAUUGUAAUCAGAGAUACGGCUGGCACCCUGCAACAGUGUGUAAAAUUCCACCAGGCUGUAAUCUGAAGAUCUUCAAUAACCAGGAGUUUGCUGCUCUUCUGGCACAGUCUGUUAAUCAGGGUUUUGAAGCCGUGUAUCAGCUAACUAGGAUGUGCACCAUAAGAAUGAGUUUUGUGAAAGGGUGGGGAGCAGAAUACAGAAGACAGACAGUCACAAGUACUCCUUGCUGGAUUGAGCUUCAUCUGAAUGGACCCCUGCAGUGGUUGGACAAAGUAUUAACUCAGAUGGGAUCCCCAUCGGUGCGCUGCUCCAGCAUGUCCUAAAGCUUCCUCAUCAAUCAAGUCCCAUGGAAAGAAGGACUCAGUGUAACACCUCUUCUAUCAUAGUAUUUGUAUAUGGUCCCCGUGGACUGUUUUACUAUCCAAAAGUUCAAGAGAGAAAACAGCACUUGAGGUCUCAUCAGUUAAAAGCACCUUGUGGAAUCUGUUUCCUAUAUUUGAAUAUUAGAUGGGAAAAUUAGUGUCUAGAAAUACCUUCCCAUAAAGGAGGAAGAGAAGAUUUUAAAGACUUAAUGCUGUCUUGUUGGGCAUAAAACUGUGUGUCCCAAAGGUUUUAUCAAUAACAGUAGUUGUAAUGUGUACAGGUAAUGUAUCAUGACCCAGUAUCACAGUAUUGUGCUGUUUAUACACAUUUUUAAUUUGCAUAAAUGAGGUGUGUGUGUGCUGCUUCUUGAUCUAGGCAAGCCUUUAUAAAGUUAUAGUACCUGGUCUGUUAUUCUCACUUAUCCGUUAUUUUUGUGUGUCUUUUUUAAUAUAUAAUAUAUAUCAAGAUUUUCAAAUUAUCAUUUAGAAGCAGAUUUUCCUUGUAGAAAAACUAAUUUUUCUGCCUUUUACCAAAAAUAAACUCUUGGGGGAAGAAAAGUGGAUUAAUUUUUGGAAUCCUUGACCAUAAUGUGUUCAGUGGGGCUUAAAUACUGACUCACUGUGUGUUUAUUUACUGCUAAGGUUCAUUAAUAAGGAAACCAUACUGAAAACAUUUCCACACCUCUUAUCUCUGUCCCCACUUUUGUUCUGAUACCAAAACAGUGUAGCAUGACGUCAUUGCCAGUAAUACUGCACUGGCAGAACAAGGUAAUUCUGGAGUGCAGUGUGAAGUUUCUGUGGAUUAACUCCCUUUGCCUUAAAGCCAAAUUGCACCAGAUAGCAAUUGACUUGUAUAAUCUAGUAAUUUCGGGAAUUAUCUUUUCACCUCAUUGAAAAAUGUACAAUUAGCUGUAAAAUUAUUUUCAGGGAUAUAGAAUUGCUUCAUUAUAUUUAUCCUUGUUUAAAAAUCUGAUCUAUAAACAUAAGUACUCCUUUUGCAAAGAUAUUAUGAAGUAGUUCAACAGCAGACCUUGUGGUCUGAGUAGUUUCAUUGGAUUUAGUUACCAGAUUGUAUUCUAAAUCUUUGUAAAUGUGACUGCGUCUGUGAAAUACCUAGAGAAGCAGUGCUAAGCAGAUGAGGACCAGCAAGUAGGUGGGAUUCAGUUUAUAAAUUAAAUGUCAUUUUACAUCAUUGUGAAUUCAGGGUUUUAGAAAUUGGAGAACUUGUUUGGCAACUUUUUUAGCUUAAAAUUGUGUGUAGUGUGAGCUGUUCUUGGACAUGUGGUUGGCCACCAUGAUGCUGCCUGGAGGAGAGAGACCAGCUGUGGCGGUGGCCCCUUCUGCAGCGAACUGUGCCCCUCUCUCCUGUUGACUCAUCGCAAUGUAAACAUUUCUUUCUCAUCUCAAUGAAAAUGGAAAAUAACCACUCCUGGUCCCCUUUUCAUAAAUUUUCAUAUUUUUAAACGUAUUUUUGGUACUUGUUCUUUAAAACCAUAUUCAUUAUCUGUGUAGAUAAUGUCAUUUUUUAUACCUUCCGCAUUUGGUGGUUUUCUAUUGGAUACUCUCCAUUUUUCUAUAUUUGUGUAUAUAUGUAAGUGUUCUUGUAAAUUUGGUAUGGUAAUUUUAGUUCAUUCCACAAAUAUUUAUUGUUUGCCUAUUAUAUGUCAGAGGCUUUCUUAGAUCUUUUAUAUAUUGGGUAAGUAAGUGUGAGCAAGGCGGUUAAGGUCUCUGCCUUUACUGAGAUAGCAGUUAUUCUAACCCUUGUGAAGCAGAUAAACAGGGUGCUGUGCUGGAGAAUAACAGAUGGUUUGCUUUGGGUCAAACAUCUGGGGAAACCUUUGGAUGGAAGUGAUACUUGAAUAACACUAAGAAGCGAGCAAGCCUGGUGAAGAGCCAGGGGGAAUAGGCAUUCCUGGUGAAGAGUACAGCAUCUCAUCCAAAGACUCACUCUGAGUAAAACUCACUAUUAGAUGUUAAUGCUCUGCAUUAACCCACAUUUGAAGAUCAGAAUAGUUUUGCAGUUUCUAUAUUCUAUUGAUGGUUGCCUUACUUUGUGAUUGACUGCUUUGUGUCGUUUCUAUGAAUAUAUCUUCCUCAAACCUUUGGUGUUAAAUUUUUUUCUUUAUGCUAGGUCAGCACCACUUAAUUUAGCAGCCCUUUCUUGUGCACAUUUCCCACUGUUGUACUGUUUGCUUGCCUCUAUUGGCCCAUCUUGUGUUUGGAGUCGGUGUCAGUUACUACUGUCAGGCCUGCUGGGGAUAAUCAGUGGUGUUUCCCCUCUUUGAAAGUUUUUAUUAGGAACUUUGAGUGAUGUUGGUAAUCAUGGCUGGAUAGAAAACAGUUUUGAAAGUGGCAGAAGGUUCUGGCAGUUACUCUGACAUUGACAUAUUAAGGAAAGCAGUGCCAGCAGUGGCACUGGGUAAUGUAACACCUCCAUAACUCCGGUAGGUUUUUUCUGUACAAUAGGAAACAGACUUAACUCUGAAAAUUGAACAGAUAUACCUGUUAAGCACCUGACUUCAUCAUAUGGAUUAUAUUUAUGUGAAUCUGUUUCGUGAUCAUAUUUGCUUUUUAAUGAGGUACUUUCUUUCCGGUUAUGGUUUUUGCCUACUGUGAUCUAAUUCGGUAUUUUUCCUUUCUAGGGGUGCUGUUUAAAUUUGAAUGGAUAGAUUCCUCUGUUGAAUUUUGUCAUUGUUUUAAAUUAGCAGCAUUAAGCAUUUAUCUUAUUAAUAUGGCUCUCAGUUUUAUGACUUGAGAAUAGAGCAGCCAGACUUCCCACCACGGUUCUAAAAUGAAUAUUUAUCUUUCCAAUAGGUUUCUUGGAGAAAGUGUGGGGCUGGCUUAGGGGCUUGGAGCAUGAGGAAGUUCCCCACUGACUUUGGUUUGACUGGUAACAGCCUGAGUUUUAUACUACAUUGGGAUUCUACACAAGACUUCUUUUGGAAGGGGAAUGCUUCAUACCUUUUUAUGAAUACUAGUUGAGAUAAGAAUAAAUGAAUUUGGGACACGCUUUGGAAUACCACUGGCUGUGACAUGUUCCUGACUGUUGGAAUUGCUUCAUCAUCCUGAUUACACAUGGUGCUCUCAUUUAGCCAGUGGACAUGCAUCAAUGCCUGUUUGCCUAGCCACUGUGAUAAAUGUUGAAUAAUAGAAGAUGACCACAGCUGUGGUCCUCAGGCUGUACCUGAUUUUAUGGGGCUUAUUUCUCUCAGGAGCUGUGCCUGUUCCAGGAAGACUUCAGUUUGGUUUUUCUUGAAGACCAAGUAUUCUGAAUCGGCACUCUUCUACAUUCUUAGGUAUACAUUUGUAAGUUGUUCAACAUCUCAGUUUGUAUUUUCUACAUUAAAUUGCAUCCAGAUGUGCUAGAUACAUUUGUCUUAAUACAUUGUCAUAUUCUCCUGUUUUGUUAAAAUUGUUUCAAUUUUACUUUGCUUUUGUGCAUUUUUGUUAGUUUCCCCGAGACUGACUUUGAUGGUAAAAACAGUUUGGUUUCUUCUGGCUGAUCAAGUGUCAGAGUACAUGCCCAGUUAGUUUCUCUGCCUCCUCCAGAAGCUGCUUAUGUGUACCUCUGAGAAAUCUUUGUUUUCAUUACUAAUACUUUGAACAUUGAUUCAAAUUCAGGCAUCCUCUUGGUUUCAAGAUUGAGGAAGUUGAUGUUGGGAUAUAAAGUAACACACGACAGUGUUGAAAUCUGUCUUAUGUGUGCUCUUUGUUUUGAAAGCUGAACAUUAAGUAAUCUGUGUACAUGACCAGUGAAUGAUUUUUUUUUUUCUUCCCCUGGUCUAAAGCAGUGAUGUUUUGACACCAAAUUAUUGUUAGGUUUUUUCUUCUCAGUGUGUUUUAUUAAAUCUUGAAUAUUCAUCAGCUGCAUUUUGUUCUUCCUGUUUUCUAGUUACUGAUAGCCAAGUGGUCCUUACUGUUGCUCCUGUGUACGUCAGCCAUGUUUUAUGUGCAUAUGUCAGAGUGUUUUCUGGCCUUGGAAUUUUAGUGUGAACCAAAAGGGGAGGUGCUCUUCAUAGCCAUUGUUCUGGGAUCUUCACUAUGAAGGUUGAUAGUAUUCAAGUUGGUCAGUCUCUUACACGUGGCUUAGUUUUGUCUAGUUGGAUGUCUUUAUGACUGGUUGAUUGCAUAAACGAAUAGAUUCUAUUUUAAGAUUAUCAAAAAUCUCUGGUAGUUAUUGCCAGUGUUCUCACUGUAAUACCAGCCCAAACUUAGUGUUUAUUGUGUUUUGAACAGUCAGUAGAAAUAAUGUCAGUGUGGUCUCCAGAGACAAAAGAUUUCUGCUCUUUUAUGUCUUCAUUUUUAAGUUUUUGUGACUAUUUUGUCUCUUCAGACUGUAUGUUAGGAUUGAGGGGCAAAUUAUCUCCUGGAGUAGAAUCCCUGUGUUGAGCCUUACCACUAAAAAGCAGGAGCUGCAGUCUCCUGAUAGCCUUUAUGGUAAGAACUUGUGUCAUGGGUUCUUGUAAUCAGUUUAGUUUGGGAUAUUAUAGCUGAUUGUAAAUAUAACAGAAAUGCUCCUACUUUUACAAUAUAUAGUAUACUGUGUGUGUGUGUAAAUAUUUAUAUGCACAUACAUACAUAAAGUGUUAGAUACGUCUGUUGUUUAAAUCUCGGAUGUCUGUAAAAAGCCCUUAAUUUGCUUGCAGACAUUGUCCUGUCAUUGAAAGACCAUCAGAGUGAUUUUCUUUAUUCUGUCAGAGUCCUGAUUUGGCAGUUGAGUUAGCACUGCAUUUUUAGGCAGUGUGACAACUAAGAAUCAUAAUUGAAAUUUAUAACAUCAAGCAGAGCUCUGCCAUAGACUCCUUCCUGAAUUAUCAUACAUGCAUGGUUGUCUGGACUGUGCUUAGGGUUCAUACUUUUUCCUUUUUAUUUAUUUUAUAAUAUUAGGUGGUUUUCUUUGUACCCCUCUUCCCUGCCAGUGUAGUACUGCUGCUUAAUACU